GACGAUGGUUGGUAGAAGGAAGGAUAUGUUAAUGGAUACGAAUCAUCACAUCACUCACUACUAAGAGUGGCGAAGAAAUAAUGAGUUCUAACAUCAUGAAUUUCUCUACCACUUCUUCAUCAUCAUCGUUAAUCAGAGUGUUUAAUCCAACUCCAAAUAAUAAUCAUAAUCAUAAGCUACAAAAACCGCGUUCAUAUUCUUCUUCUUCAUUUUCAGUUACUAUUUCUCACCACCAUCACCACCACCGUCAACUUUCUCUCCGUUCUUCUUCGCGAUCCCUUUCUCAUUCUUCUACGGUUGUGAAGGCGGCGGUACAGACGGAAGAGCCACUUCAUGUUAUGAUUUCCGGUGCACCUGCUUCUGGUAAAGGAACUCAAUGUCACCUUAUUACUAACAAAUACGGUUUGGUGCACGUUGCUGCUGGAGAUUUAUUAAGGGCAGAAAUUGAAACCGGAAGUGAAAAUGGAAAGCGUGCGAAAGAAUAUAUGGAGAAGGGACAGUUGGUACCUGAUGAAAUAGUUGUCAUGAUGGUCAAGGAUCGUCUCUUGAAGCCAGAUUCUGCAGAGAAGGGUUGGCUUUUGGAUGGAUAUCCCAGGAGCUUAUCACAGGCUACUGCACUUAAGGAAUUAGGGUUUAAACCUGAUAUAUUUAUUCUUUUAGAGGUUUCCGAAGAUACUCUUGUGGAGAGAGUAGUUGGAAGGAGGUUAGAUCCUGUUACUGGGAAGAUAUAUCAUUUGAAGUAUUCUCCUCCAGAAACAAAAGAAAUUGCAGAUAGGCUUACCCAACGUUUUGAUGAUACUGAAGAGAAGGUAAAGUUGCGAUUGAACACCCACCAUCAAAAUGUAGAGGCUGUCCUUUCAAUGUACAAAGAUAUAACCAUUAAGAUUAAUGGAAAUGCUUCUCAGAAGGAAGUAUUUGCUCAAAUUGAUGGUGCACUUACAACUCUUCUAGAGCAAAGGAAAACAUCUUCAGAAUCUAUGGUAGCAUAGAAAAACAUUGUUUCACAUUUAGAUUUAGCAUGGUGCGCUGGUGAAGGUAAUGUAUUUUAAACUACAUUUAUUUAUUCGGUUGAAAGAGAGUCAAAAUAAGUUUCAUUUCAUCGUUAAGAUCGAUAGUACAGAGUUGUGUUGGACCUCAUUUACGGUGAUAGUAAACCCCGUCUUAAAUUUUACAAGUUCAUUUUAGUAAGAAAAUGGAGGGUGUAGUGAGUCAUAGUUUUUUGGUUUGGUUCCUAUUGAUGCUUGUCCAUGUGUUGUGUUCUUUACCAUUUUCUGUAUAUUAUUGUUGGAAAUUGUGUAUUUGAUUCACCAAAGAUAACGAAAUAAGAAAAAUCAUCUAUUCAAUGUUCUUCUGGAUAA